AUGGCCCUCUCAGCCAUCCCCCUAGUCUAUGUGCUCUAUGGCAUUGUAGCCGUGGGCGCAGUCAAGGUUGUCUAUGAGCUCUUCUUUUCUCCUCUGAGCCACAUUCCCGGGCCAUUUCUUGCCAAGUUUACCGACCUGUAUCGCUCCGGCCUCACUCACAUGGGCCAUGUCGACAGGCACAAGCGCAGAUGGCACCAGAGAUGGGGUCCCGCAGUGCGUGUCGGCCCCAAUGCGAUCAGCAUCAGUGAUCCAGACAUGAUCAAAGUCAUCUACACCACCAAAAACCCAUGGCGCAAGAGCGACAUGUACCGCCCCAACGACGUCGUCGUCAACGGCCAGCGCAUCCAGAACAUCUUCAACACCCAGGACGCUCACUUCCACUCCAAGUACACCAGGCCCAUCGGCGGCUUCUGGACCAUGAGCAAGAUCCUCGACCUCGAGCCUGUCAUGGACGAGACCCUCUCGGAGCUCCUCGCCAACGUCGACAGGCGCUUCGCCUCCACGGGCGACGUCUGCAUGCUCGAGGACUGGAUCUCCUACUACGCCUGGGACGCGGCCGCCAACGUCAGCUUCGGCCGCCACUACGGCUUCAUGGACGAGGGCCGGGACGUCGGCAGCAUCAUCGCCGAGAGCACCGCCGGCCUCAAGUACUUCGCCCCCGUCAGCCAGCUGCCGCUCCUCGACGAGCUCCUCGACAAGAACCCCAUCUGGCGCAUCGGGCCCCGGCCCCUCGUCAACGGCUUCCUGUAUACUGUCCGCAUGCUCGCCGAGUACCGGCAGGAGGGGGAAGCGCGCCGCAAGCCCGUCGACCUUUUCAUUGAUAUGUACAACGGCCUCAAGGGGCAGUACGACUUCGUCGACGACGCCCAGGUCACCAACUGGCUCAUGCUAAACGUCCUCGCCGGCGGCGACUCCACCUCGGGCGCCAUGCGCUCCGUCGCCUACCACGUCCUCAAGACACCGCGCGUCCACGCCCGCCUCGUCGCCGAGCUCGACGCCGCAGCC